CGCGACACUGCGUGUGCCUCAAGCACAACUUCAACAGUCUCUGGUCUGGAGAUCAACAUCGCCAAGAGCAAGACUAGAGACAACGCUGGACUCGGCAGACUUUUCUAGCUCUCUUACCUCAGCACCUGGACAGCAAGGUAUCACCGCGACAGCAACAUGUCGGUGACCGAAGCUCAGGCGUCAUGGUGGCAGACGCUCACGCUGCGGUUCUUCAAUCCGCUGCUGCACCUCGGGGCCAAGCGAGCCCUCGAGCUUGAGGAUCUUGCGCCGCUGCGGGAAGAGAUGCGGACAGGAAGUGUGGUGGCGCGGCUGGAUGAGAGCUGGGCCGGCGAGGUGCCUGCGGGCCAGUUCGAGCACGCUCCGACGCCACGCAAGUCGCUGCUGCGGGCGCUGGUGGACGAGGCCAAGGUGCCGCUGAGCCGUGCGGGGCUACUGGGCUUAGUCUACGGCUUUGUGCCGUUUCUCGGCCCACUCUUUCUCUGGCUUCUCAUCCAAAACCUAAAGGAGGACUCGCCAUCGGUGUGGAUCGGCUUUGGCCUCGCUCUCGCCAUGGGCCUCUCGACGCUCACCAUGGCAGUGUCGUCGAACCACGCUUUCCGGCUUGGCCUCCACGGCGCGGUCACCAUCCAUGCGGCCGUCCUCGGGCUCAUCUACAACAAGGCGCUCGUGCUCUCCAACACCACCCGCCAGUCGCACUCGGUUGGCGCCAUCGUCAACAUGAUUGCAGUCGAUGCCACGUACAUCUUUGAGUUUGUCAUCCGCGGCACGGACGUUCUCGUCCUCCCGCUGCAGCUCAUCCUUGCGCUUGUUCUCCUCUUUAUCCUCCUCGGUCCGUCAGCGCUCGUCGGCCUCGCGGUCAUCCUCCUCGCCAUCCCGACGAUGGGCUUCAUCUCCAAGGCGAUCAAGAAGCACAUCCUGACCAAGCUCGUCCGCGGCGACACCCGCCUCAAGAUCACCAAGGACGCCAUCCAGGGCAUCCGCGCCAUCAAGGCCCACGCCUGGGAAGACGCAUUCACCGGCAAAAUCCAGGAGCUCCGCGCCGCCGAGCUCGACGCGCUGCAGAGUUUCUAUCUGGUCCAGUCGGGCCUCGUUGUCGUCAUCGCUGUCCUCACUCCGAUCAUUGCGCUCACCACGUUUUCGACGUACGCCGGCGCCGGCAACGCACUCACCGCCGAAACCGUUUUUGCCGCUCUCGCCAUUUUCCAGCUCAUUGCUCUGCCGAUUGUGCGGUUCCCCAUGCUCGCCUCUCGGGCUGUCUCGAUGUAUGUCGCCGUCGGCCGCAUCGACGCCUUCCUUCGCCUCCCGGAGCGGAUCCCGCUCGACCGCGCCUCUGACCGCCAGCUGGUUGUCAUGGCGUCGCCGUCAGGGAGGCCGUCGUACGAGUCGCGCGACGCGCCGCCGUCGGCACCGGCUGUCCGCAUCGUCGACGGCGAUUUUGCCUGGGAGGAGCGCAAGGCCAGCGCCGAGCCGGCCGAGGCCAAGAUCGUAUCUGCCGAUGUCGAGAGCGUGGCAAGUGCGAGCGAGAGCCCGACCACCACCCUCUCGGGUAUCAAUCUCACUGUCCCACACGGCUCUUUGACAGUGGUUGUUGGCCCGGUUGGCUGUGGCAAGUCGUCGCUCCUCGCCGCCAUGCUGGCAAACAUCUCGAUUGUCACCGGGUCGGUGGCGGUGACCGGGCGGCUGGCGUACGUGGCCCAGCAGCCGUGGAUCGCCAACGCUACUCUUCGCGACAACAUCGUGUUUGGGCUCGAGUUUGACGCGGUCCGGUACGAUGCGGCCGUCGCAGCCGCGGCGUUGCGGCCGGACCUUGACGUCCUUGCCGCUGGCGACCUGACCGAGAUCGGCGAGCGCGGCGUCAACUUGUCGGGCGGGCAGCGAGCACGGGUGGCGCUUGCCCGGGCCAUCUACCGCGACGCUGACGUCUACCUUUUGGACGACAUACUCUCUGCGGUCGAUGCCCACACCGGCGUUGCCAUUUUUCGCGACUGUAUCGUCGGCAGCCUGCGGACGCGGACGAGGGUGCUUGUCACUCACCAGCUAAGCCUCCUGCGCCACGCCGACCAGGUCGUCUUUAUGGGCGACGAUAAGCUCGGCACCAUUGCCGCCGUGGGCUCGUUUGACGAGCUGAUGGCGCAGAACCCGGCGUUUGCGGACAUGAUUGCGAGCCACGCGACGCAAGCCGGCAGCGAGAGCCCGGCCGCGGCCGCGGCCUCGAUGCUCUCGCUCGACUGGGGCUCGUCGUGGAGUGAGUCGCUCUGCGAUGGAGGCGUGGGCCACGCCAAGGCGCGGGCUCGCGCCGAGUCGAGCAUCGACAUGCCGCCGCCGGCCACCACCGCCGUCUACUCGGACUACGAGUACUACUCGGAGAGCGAGGGCGGGUACACCGACGAGAUCUCAAGCACCGCCGAGAGCGAGAGCUGGCAGGGAGGCGUAGGCAAGGUGAUGCGGGCCAAGGCGACGGCGUCGACGACAGCAUUCUACUCGCUCGACGACGAUGCCGAGGCCGGGCCGGCGCCAAGUCCGGCAGCCGGAACCAAGCUCAUGACCGACGAGGACCGAGUCGAGGGUGCGGUCUCAAGUGCGGUGUACAAGGAGUUUUUCUCCUUCAUCUCGCGCGGCCAUCUGGCGAUCAUCAUCGGCCUGUUUGUGGUCUCACUGGCGCUGCUGAUGAGCAGCUCAGUCUGGCUUGCACACUGGACGCAGGAAGACACAGCACGGGCGCGGCGUGGCGAGUCGGACCGGCGGAUUGGGUACUACGUCGCGGUGUAUGUGUCAAUUCUGGUCGGCGCGCUUGUCCUCACCAUUCUCCGCGAGACAGCGUUUGUCAAGGCGAUGAUGGCGACAGCGCUGGCGCUUCAUGCCAGGCUUGUCGACAACGUGCUGCACCUCACGGUGCGGUUCUACGACACGACGCCUGUGGGGCGGGUCAUCAACCGGUUUUCCAAAGACGUGGGCGUGGCGGAUACCAAGGUGCUGAUGAUGCUGCGGUUUGGGAUCAUGCUCACGGUCGGGCUCAGCGGGUACCUGGCGAUGGCGUCUGUGCUCACGUUUGGGGCACUGCCGGUGGUUAUGGUGCCUGUCGUGUGGGGCAUGAAACGGGUCUUUGGUCUCUACCGCAGCUCAGGGCGCGACCUCCAGCGGAUCGAGUCGAUUACCAACUCGCCGAUGCUGGCGCACUUUUCCGAGUCGUACACCGGCGCGGCCGAGCUGCAUGCGUUUGAGCGCCUGGAGCACUUUUCGACGAUCAACACUCAGCUUGUGGACAACCACCAUCGGGCGUACUACACCAACAAGCUCGCGACGCGAUGGCUUGAUCUGCGACUGGCCGGCGUUUCGGCGGGCCUCGUGGCAACAACGGUGGCGCUGGUUGUUGUCCUCCGGCCGCUACUCUCGCCGUCGUUUGCCGGCCUUGCGGUCCAGUCGAUGCUUGCGCUCUCGGGCGAGCUCAGCCUCAUUAUCAUGAUUGCUGCCGAGCUGGAGACGGCGAUGACGUCUGUUGAGCGGAUCCUGACAUAUGUGCACCUUGUCGACGCCGAAGACGUUGACGCGGCCGAGGUCGAGGUGCCGGAUGGAUGGCCGGCAGCGGACGGGCCAGCAACUGACGCGCCGGCGGCGAUUGCUUUUGACAACGUCUCGAUGCGGUACCGCGACGGACUGGAGCUUGCGCUCCGUAAGGUGUCGUUCUCGAUUCCACGCGGGGCGCGGGUGGGCGUGGUCGGGCGGUCCGGCUCGGGCAAGUCGUCGCUAGUCCAGGCGCUGCUUCGGUUCAUCCCACUUGCCGGUGGGCGGAUCAUGGUCGACGGACUCGACACGGCGCAGGUCUCGCUUCGGGCACUCCGGCAUAACGUGUUUCUCAUUCCGCAGGCUCCGGUGCUGUUUGAAGACAGCAUCCGUGCGAAUCUCGACCCGCUCGGGGUGUGCGACGAGGCGCGGCUGUGGAAGGUGCUGGAGCAGACGCGGAUGGCAGAGGCGGUCCGCAAGCUGCCGGACGGGCUGGAGACGGCGGUGGCGGCGGGCGGCGGUAACUUUUCGGUCGGCGAGCGGCAGUUGCUCUGCAUCGGGCGUGCGCUCAUUGCCGAGGUUGGCAUUCUGCUGCUCGACGAGGCGACGGCGUCGAUCGAUGCAGAGUCGGACGCGGUGAUGCAGUCGAUGCUGCGCGACCACUUUGCGGUAUCGGGCUGUACAGUCUUUACCAUUGCUCACCGGCUCAACACGCUUGACGACUCAGACUACGUGCUGGUCAUGGAUCAGGGGACGGUCGGCGAGUUCGGCCCGCCGGCCGAGCUCAAGGCGCGUAAGAACGGGCUCUACCGCGGUCUGCUUGACGAGUGGGCGGCGCAGAAGAAAAACGCGUAGCUACGACUCGUAGUCAUCGAUGGUGUAGCGGGUGGAGGCAUCGCAGUCGUAGCUGGACUCGCUGGAUGUCGACGCCGCCGCCGGAAUGAGGAUGCAGCCGCAGCAGGCGGCCAUGUGGGCGAGCCAGAACCGCGAAGCAA